AUGGCUCCCAAGAGGAGAGCCAGCAUAUCCGAUGAUGAUCUUGAUGCGCUCACCGAGGAUCUCAGUAAGGUAAUCACCUCGACCGCCAGGCCCGACUACAGGGAUGAUGUGACAGGAGGCCCGCGCAACAACGUCGAGUUGCUCAAGUGGGCAGACACGAUAGCGUUGCUGCCAGCGGGCUUGCCACAACUCCAGCUACAGAAGGCGCUCGACACAGUGGCGGCGGAGAAGGAAGACACGUUCCACCUGAGCGACUCGAGAAGCAAGUGGGCAGAGGGCUUGGCCAAGAGAUUGAGGGCAAUGAGGCGCGACAUGGAGCAGUACGUCAGCAAGUUCAAGGAUCGUGCCGACGACGAGGACAUCCCAGAAUGCCUGGCGGCGUUUCGGAAGCACUCGAGACCAUCCGGCCCUGCCGAUGAGGAAGUCGACGGUGCCGACAGCGGCGCAGAGGAGGACGGCGCAGGGAGCGCGGCCGAGGUCGUUCCUGCCGAGCCAGCUGGCGAUGCAGGAGGAGACGCAGGCCGCGCUGCUGAGGAGGAGGGGGGCGACGGCGAGGAGUUCGAAGAGGGUGAAGAGGAGGAGCAGUCCGAGAAGGAUGAGGCUGAGGACGAAGCUGGCGCCACCGAGGAGGGAGUUGAGGACGAGGAGUCAGCUGGCGAGGAGUUGGCGGCUGGCAAGGCUGCUGAACAGCCAGCGGAGACUGCAGCUUCGGGAUCGAGCGCUUCGGGAUUGACCAGUGCUGCAGACAAGCUGCCUGCUGGGGCGCCCUGCUCGAAGCGGCGGAGGACAACAACUCCUGAGGAUUACGUGUGCAAGUACGCGUGGGAUGCUGAGAUGCAGGCCGCCUUCCGCACCAAGGGCGCGGAGCGAGAGAAGGCGAUUCGUUUGGUGAUCCCGAGCGUUGAGAAUGGCUUGCUGAAAGGGCACUGCAAAGAUUUCCCCGUUGCGGUCUGGCCAGAUGGAGACACGUGGUCGGUACCGCAUGUAAGCGCUGAGAAGUUGGAGGAGCUCUUGAAGUCUUCCUCCAAGGGUUCCCAGGUAGCCAGGAACUGGGUCGAGCACGUGACCGACGGCCAAGUCAGGCUCGUCGACUUCAAGCGGAGCGGCUUCUCAUUUUUGGCAAUUCGCCAUGAGAAGUCGGAUGGCAAUGAACAGUUCGCCCAGCAAUCCUUGCGAGACUUCAACGAGGAUCAGAUCAGCCAGAUCCGCAAGCACAUGGAGGAGUUGGUGCACAUGUACGCGAAUAACAAGAUCGACAAGGACGACCUCAUCAAGAAGAAGAUCAGCUGCGUGGCCAAGGUGGCGUCAUUAACGACAGUGCGCAAGCGCCCUGCAGCAAAACCUGGUGGCCAAGGCGAGGCAGCUGCAGGAGGUAAAGGCUGCGGGGGCGACACGACGCCUGCGGCGGCUGCCAAGCGCCCGAAGCCGAAGGGCAAAGCCAAGGGCAAGGCCAAGGUUGUGGGGAAGAAGGCGUCGCCGUCGAAGGGGCCUGGCGCUUCGGGCGAGACGCAGGAGGCUGCUUCGGUGGCCAGCAGUGACGAGGAGGCGGCGGCGUGGACAGCUUUGGGGCAUGGCUUCGACGACGUGCCGCCGCCAGGCUUUGGGAGCAUCUUCGACUAG